AACUAUAUAUAGAUGUGUGCGCAUAGAGAAGUGUCGUUAGUUCCAUUCGGACUUCGGACACGUGAACAGCUUUUAACAAGCUUCCUGAAAAGGAAAGUUUCUUUUUUGAUUGGUCCGCUCAUUGUAUGGAGCGAGAGAAGGAUUUAAAUUACGGUGAAAGCCCUGUAGAGCCAAUAAGCAGCUGCAGGGAUGAGCAUGGAUACAUGCCAACAGUUGGACGCUGGGGCAGUGAAUGGCCAAGUUGACUCGAGUCGGCUGAAACAUGGUGUCAGCCACAGGGUCAGGCACGAGGACCCUGGAUACGGGGUGUGCCAUUACCCUUGCCGGUAUGGGCCCAUUACGAGUCAUCACCCUUGAUCGUCGAUACUGUUGAACAGUAUGAGGAACUAGCAGGCAGCGUUGAACUGGAAACCCAGAGACUUUUACGCGAGCAUCGCUAUGAUACUAUUGGUAACUUUCUAAGGUUUUACAAGGACUUUAAAGAGAGUAACGAGACAAUGGUAGAACGUUUUUACUCAAAAUAUCAACCUCUCAUAACACGCAAACAUCAAACAUGUGUUGGUCUUGGUUUUGAAUUAUUAAGUCGUUUGAAUAAAUUAAAUAAAAAAUAUUCUGGAAUUGCAAAUGGAUUAUAUUUGGUAUCAUGUGAAGAGACUAUUGGUGACAUUGAGGCAUAUGUUGGUGGUCCACCAGCAGCAGAUAGUGGUGAAAAAGAACAUGUACUUGUUUGUCUUAAAAUUGUUAUAAAUGGACGUCGUGGUGUAUUAUUGUUAGAUCCAGGUUAUCAUGUUGCACGUGUUGUAACAGUUAUGGCUGAUAAAUUAUAUCCACAUACUGGAUGGUUUACACAAUCAGAUGAACCUGAAUGUAAAAAAGAAUAUAAUUAUUCAUUAUGUCAAAAUGAUAAUGAUUAUGUUGAAUGGCAUGAAAGACAAACACGCCCUGGUGCCUUGGAACAAACACAAGUUGCUUUAAUAUAUGUUGCAAGACCAUAUUUAACUGCAAUUGAUGUUACUGAAAGAAGAAAUUUGGUAUAUAAUUAUCGUAGUCUUGUAUCACGUGAUACUAAAGGACAUGUUACUGCAGCAUUAUAUUUUUCACUUGGUCUUGAUAAUAUACAAACAUUUACAAUUUUUUAUCGUACAAGUAAUGGUACUAAACGUAAAAUUAAAAUACCAUUUAAUAAAUUCAGCUCUACAACAAAGACUGGUCCAACUGAUGAAGAACUACAAAUGAUUGCUGAAUGCGGACGUCAAAUGGACAUGUCAUGUGAUGAAAUUGACAGUCUUCUUGAGGCAUUAGCUCAAGUUACGAGUGACACAUCAUUCAUUGCUCAAGUACUUGCUAUUAACGCCAAGAUAAAUACACCAGUUCAAAACCAACCAACCAUCUCAUCAUUAUUUCGUUACUUUUCUUAAUUUUUUCUUUUGAUUAUUUUGCUUGCUAUAUCCUCGUGCAUAAUUAUUAUUUUUUUUUCUAUUAAAUUAAUUAGUGUUAAUUUUAAUUUUAUUAUUACACAACAAUAUCGACGAUCUUAUUGUUAUUUUAUAAUUUUCAAAAAUGACUUAUUUUAAUUUUCAAAAAUAUUAUUAUUAAUUAAAUGGUAAUGGGUAAAUCACUUUAAUUUUUUUUUUUUGUUUAUUUGACUUGUAAAAAACACAUAAUUAUUUGAUUUAAUAAAUAAACUUGAUUGACACCAUGUAUAUAU